AUGGCGCAGCAAAUACCUUUCCAGUAUGCACAGCUUCCUGUGUACCAAUACAGAACUUUUGAUAUGCACACACUCACAUUCUCAUCCCAUCCUAUCAUACCUCCCGAGCAGAUAAUCUUCACCAGCUCUCGUGCUGACAAGCCUUUGAAGAAUGAGCCACCCCCUUCAGCACUUGUAGACGAAGCUGCCGCGGCGGGCACAGAGGACAUGGCCGGUAAGGAUCCGCAGAAAUUGCCUACAGAGUCCAGUCUUCUAAUUAGGACUCCAGAGUCACCCGUGUCCUCUUCGGAUCCGCCCGCUCAACCAGAUGAAGAGCACGCUCUGGAGCAGAAUGCGCCGGCAGAUUCUACCACAGUAUCGGAGGAACCCAGCACGAGCGAGGCACCCGGUAUGCUUGGGUCAUGUUACAAGGAAACCAGUCUCACUAACUCAGGGGUUCAAGCAGCUGAUUCCAAUGAAGUUACAUCGACCACAGAAGCGUCGGAAGGAGACGCUUCGGUUGAGGAGCCGUCCAGCGAUCCUGGUGCCGAUAAUGGAACUCAAGAUGCCGGAGGAACAGCUGACGAGCCAAGUUCCAACGAUGAAAAUAAAGGAGAACAGCAAGCGGAGCCAGAGACGGUAGUCGAGAUGGUCGAGAAACUUCAAGAGGCGGACGCUUCACCAGAGCAAGUCCUCGAAGUUUUGGAGAAAGCAAUGUCUGAUGCUGGAGUCGAGCCAGACUCAGGGGAAACAACCGCAAGCGUUUCCGAUCAACCCCACCAGGAGGGUUUCGAAGAUACCAAAGCGAACGAAACCGAAGCCCAGGCUUCCUCUGACUCACCGACUGAAAGUCCAGGAGAAAGCCCUCCGGAAGAUUCGUCGGGGGCAGACCCCCCCGGAACAUCAGAAACUGUUGAAGACACGAAGGAUGACCCAUCAGCUGAUACGGAGAACGGAGCAGAGUCUACGGAGGUACCAACAGAGCAGGCGACGGUGGAGAACUCCUCUGACAAUACCGAGACGCCUGAGGAGACAGCAGCAGAACCAUCAGCAGAACCAUCAGCAGAACCAUCAGCAGAACCGGGUGAGCAGAAUCAAGAGGAAGGGCAGCAGGAGACUGAGGAUCCUGCCCAAGAUCCCCAAGGUGACGAUGCUGGUGGUGAGCAAGAAGCAGAAGGAAAGGUAGAUGAGGCUACAAAGGAUGCGGCUGGCCAUGACGAAACCACGGACGCUGCAAAUGGCAGCGGGAACAGUGCAGAUCAAUCUGCCGUCGAGAAAUCUCCUCCCGCUGAGGAUGCUGCUCCGGAAGCGCCACCGGAGCCUCCAGGAACCGACAAUCCUUCCGAUGAGCAGGCUGCUGAGCCUGAAGCGACGGAGGGCGAAGCAUCUAAUGAUUCAGGGUCGGGUGAAGGGGCUGGUGAGCAGGUCACACCGGAAGAACAGUCUCCUGCUGGGAACGAUUCUAAGGAGCCCGAUAAUGCACCAGCGUCUGACGGUGGCGACCAAGUGGAAGGCGAGUCUCACGCUACCCCGUCUGAGGAGCCACCCGAGGCAGUGGAUCCUCCGGCAGCGAGCAACGAGGAACCUGCACCAGAGGAGACUAAUUCAGGAACGGAAGAGGCUAAAGGAGAGGAAACCACAGCGGAUGCUGCCGCCGAGGAGCAUGCCGAAGAAGACAAAGGCGCGCCAGUGGAGGAGCCUCCGGCAGAAGAGCCACCCGCUGAAGUCCCUGCGUCAAACGACGCUGCAGGAGAGACCUCUGUCGAAGAUGCUCCAGCUGCUCAAGAACCUGAAGCAGGCGAAGAGGCUCCCGAUCAACCUGAUCCUGCCGAGCCUCCUGCUGAGAACCCUCCGGAAGCAGAGGUCGCUACUACAGAAGGCGCUCCAGUCCCUAAAGAGACACCCACGGAAACAGCUCCAGAAGCGGCCCCUGACACCGUUGAGCCUACUGCUGAAGAGGGCUCUACUGAGGAGGCCCCUGCUCCCGAGGCGGACCCUACAGCAGAGCCCGCCGCUGAAGAGACUGGCGCUGAAGAUGCUCCUACCGUCGAACCACCUGCCAAUGAAGCAGAGUCUACACAAGAGCCUGCGGCCGAAGAGGCUGCGGCUCAGGAGCCAGUCACUGAAGAGCCACCUGCUGAACAAGCACCCGCCGUCGAAGAACAGGCAGCUACUAAAGAACCGGCAACUACUGAGGAACCGGCAGCUACUGAAGAACCCGCAGCAACUGAAGAACCCGCAGCAACUGAAGAACCCGCAGCAAUUGAAGAACCCGCAGCAACUGAAGAACCUGCAGCAACUGAAGAACCCGCUGCCGAGGCACCACCAGCUACUGAAGAGGCACCACCAGCUACUGAAGAGGCACCACCAGCUACUGAAGAGGCACCACCAGCUACUGAAGAGGCACCACCAGCUACUGAAGAAGCACCCCCUGCCGAGGAAGCACCUGCUACUGAAGAAGCACCCGCCGCUGAAGGGGCACCCGCCACUGAAGAAGCACCCUCUGCCAAAGAACCACCUGCUGAAGAAGAGGCUGCAGCUGAGUACAAAGACCCUCUGAAUGGUCAUAAGGCGAAACUCGAAAGAAAAAAGGAUGAGGCUGGACUCUUCGACAAUGCCUUUGCCCGCGAAAUUCGUAAGGCCAAACGAAGAGAGCACGUUCGCCGGGAGUCAGCAGAAUACAAGGAAAAAGAGCGUCUCGAGCAAGAGCGAAGGGAGGCCCGGCGGGCCCAGCGUGAAGCCGAAAGAGAAGAGGAGCUGAGACGACAGGAAGAAAUUGAAGCCGCGGAGCGUGAGGAGCGAAGCAAGAGACGCCGAGAAGAAAGAGAAAGACAACGCCUUGCUGAACAGGUCCAUAUUCAGGCUGAGGCUGAACGGGAAAGGCGGCGACGAGAAGCUGCAGCCAAAGCUGAAAGCUUUCGUGAAACUGAUGCCACUAGUGGCAGUGGAUCAAGGAAAACGAGAAGACCAAGCUUCGCAGGUUCGAGCGGCGGCGGGAGUAGCUCUUCUGGAGCAGGCUUUCCAACCGUCUUGAAAAGAAUGGGCACGGGCGAGAGUGACACAAGGCUCUUUGCUUUUGUUCGCUUGAACGACCCUGGACAACCAAGUCAAUCACACCACCGUGAGCAUCGGGAACACAGACAUGCAAGACACCGGGAACACGGAUCCAGGGCCGGGUCACAGCACGAGGAUGAAGACAAGCACAGAUCCCGCAGACGCCAUCACUCCAGCGAGCGGCCAGAAAUGUCAAGACAUUCCAGCUCAAGGGGCCAGAAACGCUACUAUGACGAUCACCGCCCGCCACAGCCGGGAUUGAUUGGAAGGAUGGUCAACACCAUCGCAGAGCACACGAGUCUUCGAGACUUUUGGCGUCCUGAACGCGUCGGAGCGUGAGGCAUGUACAACAAUGCUCUCUUGAUGGGUUGCGACACGAAUUUCCGUAGUAGUGUUGAGGAGGCUUUUUGAGGAUACGCGGCAAGUUCUAUGUAUGAACACGACGAGGGUAGCACAUUGAAUUUUGAUCUUGGGAUAGUGGCGCGCGCAAGGGAUUUUUCUUUGUCUUUAUAUAACCUGUGAUGUGUGCCACCACCAAUGUACUGUACCAGAUAAUGAUUUGAGAUGACGAAAGGCCACGAACAACUGUUGCUGUGUGAUAAGAUUGUUCUUGCCAGACAUUCUGUCCCUCUCUUUGUGGCCUCCGUUUUGCCUUUCCAUUGAGGAACAUUUGUUA